GCCAGAACAAGGAUCUUAUAUAGCUAAUUCUGUUAACAAAGAUGAAAACUUAUACUUGCAAGAUGAUAUACCUAUUACUGAUAGUGUAGACUUACAAAAAAAUCCUUUAGUACAAAAUAAAAAAAACAGAUCUUUGUCAUCUUUAAUGGCAAUAGAUAAUAAUAAGAUAAGAACCUUUUACCUGACCCAAUACUAG